AUGUCAAUUGCAGAUUUUGCAGAGAAAAUUUAUGUUCAACUAGAAAAAUUGAAUUUACAUUCAUCAAGCAUUCGUGUAGAUAUUUCUGAGAUUAUUGAUUUUGCAUUUAGAAUCCAAGUAUGUUAAAUUUUUGUAAAAAAAUUAGUCUGAGAAAGAUAAUAUUGAAAAAAAACUUUAAAUAGAAAUUGAUAGAUUGAUAAUUCAAUUAUAAUAGAAAUAAAAAUGCUUAUUACACUAAUCAAGUAUUUUUUUAAAUCAACAUAAGAAUAGGUGAUCUUUGAUUUUGAUAAGAUAGAACUUCUUCUUUAUGAAAAAAAUGAAUACAAAAAUUUGCAUGAUUGUAUUGAUUUUAUAAAAGCAUGCAAAAUGAAUUUUUAAAAACUUAAUUUAUCUAAUUUAGAUUCAGAAAAACAUUCAGAUGAUGGUAAGUUGUAUUUGAAUCUAUUUUAGCCUUUUUAUGUUCAAAUUCAUCANUACUUAUCUAUCUGAACUUUUUAAUAAAUUAGAAUUAAAAUGUUACACUUGUUAAUCUUAUAAUCAUCUCGCUGAUUAAUGUGAUCUCACACAUUAUUAUCCUAAACAUCUUUUAAAUUAAAUCAAAAUUAAAGAUGAUACACAACAAAGAGAAGAAUUUUAAAGGAAAAAACGAUUCUAAUUUAAUUCUAUGUCCUUUUCGGAAAAAGUUUAAAAUACUAUCUAUGAUUUUAAUCAAAGAGCAAAAAGAUUUAAAAGAAUUUCAAUGA